AGAUUCCUCUUAGCUUUGUCGUUUCGUCUUCUUCAAACAUCGAUCAAUUGACACAGAACUCCAUCUCUAUGCAAUCAAAUCCUUCUGAAAUCUCAUUUAUUUUUAGCGAUUAAAGAGAGAGUCUCUCUCUCUUUCGAUCAAAACAAGUAAACGAAAAAUCUAAUCACCGUUUGAGUUCUUUCUCUUUUCUCUAGGGUUCUUCUUAUUCUACAAGCUUCAUCCACUAAACAUGAGUCAUCAUCCUGGAGUGAAAUGGGAAGAGACCACUGACAAGAUUUUCCUCACCGUAGUGUUGGCUGAUUCCAAGGAGACUAAAGUUAAUCUUCUCCCUGAAGUUGUCUUCGAUUUCUCUGCAAAAGCUGGUCCUGAAAACCACGUUUAUGAGCUUAAACUCGAGCUUCACAACAAAGUCAAUGUUGAGGAAAGCAAAAUCAACAUUGGAUUGAGAAGCAUAUUCUGCAUAAUUGAGAAAAUAGAGCCUGAAACGUGGGACAAGAUAAUCAUUCGAAAGGGCCACACUAUGUCAAGAUUGAUUGGGAGGCUGUACUGCUUACAAUUAAGGGACCGGACGAGGAACGUCUGUAUUAGAAAUGGUUGCUGCUUUUAAAAAAGCUUGUGGCAAG